AUGGAACUGUUUCUAAAAAUAGCCUUCCUUCGCUAUAUAGGCAUCUAUCUAUAUAAUUUUUUUAAUUCUCUCUCUCUCUCUCUCUCUCUCUCUCUCUCUCUCAUACACACACACAAACAACAUCCUUUUUCAGAACAGACGCCCAGAACAAACAUGGAGACUUCCACCAAUACCUCAACUGGCACCUCAGAAGUUUCCGAUAAAUCUAACAGAUAUGACCGGCAACUCCGAUUAUGGGGAGACCAUGGACAGGUAUGUUUGGAAGCAGCCAAAAUUUGCCUGAUCAAUGCCACAGCUACUGGGACUGAAAUACUUAAAAACCUUGUAUUACCAGGAAUUGGUUCCUUUACGAUUGUUGAUGGAAACAAAGUUACUGGUGCAGACGUUGGAAACAAUUUCUUCCUUACCAAAGACUCAAUUGGGAUGUCUCGGGCACAAAUCACAACUGAUCUCUUAAUGGAACUGAAUGAGGAAGUUAGUGGAGAUUUUGUGGAAGAGCUUCCAGAAAAACUUUUGGAAAACAACCAAGAAUUCUUCAAUCGUUUCAAUUUAAUCAUUGCUACCAAUCUUCAAGAAAAACCUUUGCUUCAGUUGGCCAGUUUGCUGGAAGCUUCAGAGAUUCCUCUUCUAAUCUGUAGAUCUUAUGGUUUUAUUGGUUAUGCACGGCUUGUUGUUUCUGAUCACACGGUAAUAGAAUCUCAUCCAGACAAUUCACAUCAAGAUCUUCGACUUGACCGCCCAUUCCCUGGUUUAGUGGAAUUUUGUGAUUCUCAGAAUCUGGAAAAUAUGAGUAAAAAAGAACACAGUCACACACCUUGGUUGGUUAUUAUUUAUAAAUAUCUACAGAAGUGGAAAGAAGAGAAUGGUGGGGAAAUGCCAAAGACAUACAAAGAGAAAACCUUGCUCAAGGAGAUGAUAAAAAAUGGAAUGUUGAAGAAUGAAAAUGGUAUUACAGAAGAAGAAGAAAAUUUUGAAGAAGCCAUCCGAAAUGUCAACACAGCCUUAGUCAAAACUUCAAUUCCUUCAGAAGUGAAGAAAUUAUUUGAAGAUCCAACUUUGCAAGAUAUUAAUAUUGACAGCAAACCGUUCUGGAUUAUGUUGCAAGCCAUAAAAGAGUUUACAGAAAAUGAGGGAAAUGGUGCUCUCCCUUUGCGAGGAACCAUCCCAGACAUGACUGCCGAUUCCAACCGCUACAUCCAACUACAGAAUGUUUAUCGAGAUCAGGCAUUGAAAGAUGCAGAUGUUGUUUUACACAGAGUCCAAGAUUUACUGCAAAGAAUUGGGAAGGAGGAGCCCAUCAUUACACCCAAACAAGUUGACCUGGCUCGGAAACCACCAUAUUGCAGUAUUACAGAACAAGAUGUGAAAUUAUUUUGCCGGAAUGGAAGCUUCCUGCGAGUGAUCCAUUGCAGACGUUUAGCUGAAGAAUAUGAUCCCAAAACAGCCAAAGUUCAGGAACUUGCCAUGCAACUUGGAGAUGAAGAAGACAGUGACAUUGUGUUUUACAUUAUGUUACGAGCUGCUGACCGUUUCUUUGAAGAGUACAGUCGCUUUCCUGGUUGGUAUAAUGACCAAGUUGAAGGAGAUGUUUACAAGCUGAAGACACAUGUUGGCAAACUUUUACAAGAAUUGUCAUUGACCUCAACAUUAAUUAAAGACGACUACAUUCAUGAAAUGUGUCGUUACGGCGCUUCUGAACUGCAUUCCAUUGCAGCCUUUAUGGGAGGGAUGUUGGCACAAGAGACCAUCAAAAUUAUAACAGGACAAUUUGUGCCUUUCAACAAUACUUUAAUUUACAAUGGCAUGAAGCAGUCAACUAUUACUGUUGAGUUAUAA